AUGCCUGUGCAAAUCCUGCAGAUUGCACUGGUCGCCAUUAAACACAUCCGUAAGGAUGGCUCGGAGCUGUACAUCACAGUUCCUGGUGAGACCUGCAAGCUCCAUCUAGAGGUGGCUUUAAUGCAAAUGCUGUCAAAGCCACCUCACUGCCAGUACGUUCUGCAGCUUGUGGAUUGGUUUGAAAUGGACAACAGCCUCCUGUUAGUCCUGGAAAGACCAAUCCCCUGCAUGGACGUAUAUGAGCUACUGUUGAGUGAAGGAGGCACACUCAGUGAGGUGCUGGCCAAAAUGAUCAUGCUGCAGGUGGUCGAGGCUGCCCGCUACUGCCAAAGUCGGAAGGUUUUCCACCGUGACAUCAAGGCAGAAAACCUUCUUUUCAACUCCGACACCCUGGACGUAAAACUGAUAGAUUUUGGCUGUGGCGAUUUGUGGCAGGACACGCCCUACGAGGAAUAUGCAGGAACUCCAGAUUUUUGGCCUCCAGAAUGGAUCCAGCAACAACAGUACUACGCCGACCAUGCUACCGUCUGGAGUCUCGGCAUUCUCCUACACAGCUUAGUCUGUGGAGAAAUGCCCUUCAGUAAUGAGGAGGAAAUUGUUGCUGGGUCCCUCAAUUUCAUACCUGGCCUGUCUGAAUCCUGCCGCCAUCUGAUCAACUGGUGCUUGGAGCAAGAUCCCACCAAGAGACCAAGCCUGAGGCAGAUCAGUAAACAUGGGUGGUUCACAGAAGGCCUUUCAGGUUAGCCAGAUGAUGGAUAGGCCAUGUUGGGUCAGAACAUCAGCACCCAACAACUCACCCAACCAAUUCUAAUUGACAACUCUACAGUAUCUCACAAAGUGAGUACACCCCUCACA